AUGAAAGAGCAUCAUCUGAACGACAUUCAAUUGCCAGAAUAUUCUUUGAGAUGUCACAAAUCCGGCGUCACAGCAUCAACCUUUGUUGAAUGGCCGUCCAGGUCAAGCGUACCUAUUCUCAUCACGGGAGACUCAUCAGGCUUGAUCGUUCUUUGGGAUCUGAUUGUCAGAAGACCAUUGGUUACGCACACCUUAGCUGGCGGCGCCCAGGUUGUCGCUAUGCAAGAUCUAGGGGACGGGCUCAUCGCUAUCCUGUCGAAGGAUCACAAGCUGCGCUUGCUUGAAAUGACGGCGAAAGAAAUGAAAUCGCUAGCUGAGUGUACUACUUCUUUUGAAGCCCCGCAGCAGCAGCUCCACGAGAUCUACGAGGUUCCGGUAAAUACCCUCAAUUUUGCUAACUUUGUGCUUCAGAAAUUGAAUAAAGGCUUUUACCGGUUGAUUUGUACCAAUACUCAAGACUCUGAAGCGAUUGAUGUCUAUCAAUUCCAUCUAUCAAACGUACACUCACUACAAAGAGUCUUCAGAGGUGUUACUUUUGGUGGGGUCAUCCAGAAGCUUGCGACUGAUCCAGAGAGUGUCAAAGCCAGGAAACUAGGAAUCGUCAUGAGAUUCCUAGAGCACCAGGAGACUAUAUACUGCGGCUUCGAAAGCGGCCUUGUAGUCGGCUUCAAGAUUCAUGACUUAGAUUGCGAAAGGACAAACAUUGAUGAAGAUGCUGACAGGAACCAUAAUACGUGCAUUGAAAUUGUGUAUGUGUCUUCGGUUCACUAUCCGGAGCCUGUUCUCGCUCUUGAAUUGAAUGAUGCCACUGGCGAGAUUUUAACCAGCUCUACUAAAGAUGUAGUCGGGAUACAUCCACCGAUCUCUACUCAGGGAGCUAUUGGCUGUCAAUCCAACUUCUUUCACGACCAGGCCAGCUCGGUGCUGAUACGACGUGACCUGAAGAUCUGCGGCACAAAUUUUAAGAAAGUUCCAGCGUCAAGCAUCGGUUAUCUAGCAGUUGUGAAUGGCAAUUUAGUCGCUAGCUCUUGGUCUGGCAUAACGUACGUUCUGAGCCCCGAUUAUCGAGUUCUUGUGACGAUGUCAAAGUCCAGGCCUAACGUCUUUGUGAGUGACUCAUCCCAAGGUAGUCUACAAGGAGCAAACGAGGAAAAGACGCAGAAAAGACAUAUUAAAGUUUCCUCGUUGACUGGCAUUUCGCCUGCGGUAAUCCAACGAUUCUCCUCAUUAGAUCAUCAGUUGACUCGCUGGCAAGGCCAAAACCGCCGAAUGAGAGCUUUUGCUGCGAAAUCUUGGUGCAUUAUAGGCUAUGAUGAUGGAUCGAUCGCUGUCCACCAGAUUUAG